UUCAUCAGAUGCAUCUUGCUUUCGAGUUUGACACUGCAAAUAUUGCAUUUGAUCAUCUUGCCUUCUGGCCAAGGAGAAUUCAGAUGCUUCCGACGAAGAUGUCUGCUCAGAGAUCCCGGCGUAUUAUAUACCCAUGUCCGCUCUGUCACUGGGAGUCUAGUGUCUCCAACGCAGAGGAAGCAAAUCUUCGGUCUUUGGCGAGGUGAGCCAACCCGGACAGAUGCAAUUGCCUGGCGGAGAGCAAUUGUAUCCUCGUCCUCCUGUGAGCCCUCUUGCCUCUUUGAAUGGGGUGCGACAGCGUCGGUUGCGAGACGCUUUCGGGACGGGCCGGGCCGUAUUGGGGCGCCCUCCAUCACAUCACAGAACGCAAUUACCGCAUUGAUUGCUGCAAUCCGACGCUGA